AUAUGAGUGAAGAGCCCAAACCCAACUGCGGCAGGGCCAGAGUCAAGUGGGUAAACUUCACAAACAGAUGAAGAAUGUGAACCUUUCUUCUUCUUCUUCUUUUUUUUUUUUUCUUUAACCUGCAAGACUUCUAAUUGUGUUUAUUAAUCUGGGGAAUAACUCGUGCCUCAGAACGGAGGAAGAAUAUAGUUAGGCAGGAUUCGAUUGGCUUAGCUCAAGUGUUAUUGUCAUGUAUGCCCUUCAUAAAGAACUAAGGUAACAUAUGGUGUUUAUACGGUGCCUGCAAACACAUCCAAGUAAGUAAAAUCAGAGUGUAGAGCAACAACCAGAUAACUGAUCGUGGUUAUACAUAAAAUAGCAUGCAAGUAAGUUGUCAACUCCGUUUACUAUUUCUUUAUCAGGUGGGCACAUUGUUAUUCUCUGGAAAUUUGUGUUUAUAUAUGUGAUUGUUGUUCUUCCUGCAAGAAACUAUUAUACAUAAGGGGUUUUUUUUCUCUAUGUUAUGAUAGUGCAUUAAAAGCUUAGUAACAGUGAUAGUUCAGAACUCAACACUGUGCAAUUCCACUUUAUAGAAGUAGUUUUGUUAUUGCUUAACACUGGAGAGUAUAAAGAGCAUUAUUAAUAAUAUUUGAAUAUUUAUAGAAAUACAUGCAGUAUUAAACCAAGGAGAUUUGUUUAGUUCAGAAUACUAACAAAUUCAUUGUAAGUACACACAAGCCAUGCUUCAAUCCAUGAGGUUCUAUAAUAUGGCAUGGUUUAGCUCUGAUAUAUUUGAAUUCUCAAAUGAUACAUUGUGGCAGCAAGACCCUAGUCUAGAAGAAAGACUAUUUUAUGACUGGCAUUUAUUAAUUCUAUUAUUUCUCUCUCUUUGUUUUUAUUUAUAUUCUCCAUGCAUUUAAGCACAAAAGCAUUUGAUGUCUCACUUUCUCUAAAACUGAAGUAGUGGCUCUUUCCUCCAAGAUGUUGAAAGGGUGAAGGCUUACUGACUGAAAUGCUUAAAUAUCAUGGUCAUGAGACUGAUAAAGAGCAGCAAGCUCCAUUUUAUUUGAAAAAACUUCUGAUAACAGAAAGAAAAUGACAGCUCUCAGGUAGCAUGAGCAUGACUGUUGUUCCUGGAGAGUAGCCAUACCAAGGAUGCUGCAGGUGACCACAGGGUAUCCCUCUGUGAUCUGAGAGGCUUAGGAGUUUGGAUAAAAUUCCUAACAGCAGCUGGGAACAUGUAUUCACUCUCUAGCAUGUGUAACAUAAUUGACUUUCAGAGCUCUGGGGAGCGCUGCGGUGACUUCCUUGGGGUCAGCGUAGGUGUGACGUGGCUGAACACAGCGGGCACGGCUGUGCCUGGCUGGAGCCAGAGCUGGACCUUCGUGUUCACCUCUGUCCCAGCAGUGAGAGUGAGGAGUGAGAGUGAGGGAGCACCAGAGGCUUGGGCUUUUGUACUCUGUUGAAACCGAGCUCCUUCAGUGGCUCCUUUGUUAGGCUGAUGUUUUCUCAAUGAGCUGCCACUGUGGCCAAGAGUGGAGAUCUGUCAGUUUGUCCAAAGCACGUGUGUGUACCAUGAUAAAAACCCUUGGCGGCAUCAAAGGAGAGGAUGUACUUUAGUACUCAAACCAGGAGAUGUCUCUGUGUUUUUCUUACUAAGUCUUUGUCAUUUACAAAGUAUUUAUUUAUUGCACAAAGUGAUUUCCUAUCUAAUUCUGCUCUGCAGUUAAAAUGCUAACUUUAGCAAAAUUAUUAAGGUAGUCUCUAUGAAGAGGUACUUUAUUGUCUCACAAAGAUGAAGAAGAAUUGAUAAACGCAUUCUUACACAAGUACCCACUGAAUAAUGAUGCUCUUGACAGCCUCUUGUGUUCCUUUCUCCAUUUUUACUCAUCAAGAACAGAUAUUUGGUUGGUCUGUGUCUUUGAAUGAGAAUGAUUUGAUGAGACACAUUAAUAAUAAAAGAAAGGAAAAAAAGCUUUGAUACUUGCUCUCUCUGAAGCUGUCAAGAGACAGAUGACAAGGAAUGUUUGAUCUCUCAUACAAAAGGUGACUCUGGCUUGUGGCAAAGCACUCUGUGACAUGUCUUUUGAUGAGUUAAAAGGGCAGGCCAUGCAGACACUCGUUCUGAGUCAGACUCUUGGUGAUUUGCCUUGACUAAGGAUUUAAUUGUAGCUGUGCAGAUUUCAUAACUAUUUUAGUGAAAUGAUAUAUGCAGUUCUUUUGUUUUGAAGGAGGAAAUAAUAUGAUUUAGUAUUUAAUGCACUGUGCGAUACGCAUUUCUGCUGUUGCUUCAAAUUGAAAUAGAUACUACUCCUCCUUCUGAACUGUGAUUGGAUUAAAAGCUGUAGUGCCUUCCUUUGAGCUUCUGUUGUAUGUAAGUACACCUUUCUUUCAUUAAGCUGCUCUUAUGAAUAGUUAUGAAAACUAAGGCUGCACCCAUGGAUUUAAAAAAAAAUCAAGAAUGCUUAAGUAAAUUUAGAGAAGAAAAUAAGAUUGUCUGUAUUAUUAAAUGUAUACUGCUUUAAGUAGAACAGAAUUAUGACUGGAUAGCUCUGCUGUCUUAAAAAAUGUACUUCAUUUUCUGUUGCCUGAAGCUCAGCUUUUAAAAUAUGACUAUAGAAUACCAUUCUGUGCUGUUAUGGUCUGACCAACUGAAAGAAGCUGAGAGGAGUAAUCUGCUGAAUCUGUAUGAAGCUGACUUCUGUUAAGUGACAAGGCUGGAGCUCUUGAUUUGUUGAAGGAGCUUAAGAAUAUUCCCAUGACCCUUGAGUUACUACAGUCUACCAGAAUUGGAAUGUCAGUGAAUGCAAUACGCAAGCAAAGCACAGAUGAAGAGGUUACAUCUUUAGCAAAAUCUCUUAUCAAGUCUUGGAAGAAGCUGUUAGAUGGACCUUCAACUGAUAAAGAUUCUGAAGAGAAGAAAAAGGAGCCUGCAUCUUCCUCACAAAACAGCCCUGAUGCCAGAGAAGAAAGCAGUUCAAGUAGCAAUUCCAGCAGCAGGAAGGAGGAGGGUAGUGCUCCCUCAAAUUCUUUCAUCCCUUCUUUUCCCCGGGCUCCAAGCACUUCAGACUCUGUACGAGUGAAAUGUAGAGAAAUGCUCUCUGCAGCUCUCAGAACAGGAGAUGAUUACAUUGCUAUUGGUGCUGAUGAAGAAGAGCUGGGUUCUCAGAUUGAAGAAGCUAUUUUUCAAGAAUUAAAAAACACUGAUAUGAAGUACAAAAAUAGGGUACGAAGUAGGAUAGCGAAUCUCAAGGACGCAAAGAACCCUAACCUACGGAAAAAUGUAUUAUGUGGAAACAUUCCUCCUGACAAAUUUGCUAAAAUGACAGCAGAGGAAAUGGCAAGUGAUGAGCUGAAAGAGAUGCGCAAAAAUCUGACCAAAGAAGCUAUCAGAGAGCACCAGAUGGCUAAAACAGGAGGUACCCAAACUGAUCUGUUUACAUGUGGCAAGUGCAAAAAGAAGAACUGUACAUACACCCAGGUUCAAACCCGCAGUGCUGAUGAACCCAUGACAACGUUUGUUGUCUGUAAUGAAUGUGGAAACAGAUGGAAGUUCUGUUAGAAGAAGAAAUUGUCAAGACAUCUGGACCAGUAUGAACGAGGAUUUUGUAAUUAGCUUUAAAAACUAGGCUAAGCAUCUAGCUUCCUGCAAAUGAGAGGGUUUUUUGGUUUUUCUUUUCUUUUUAUUUCAAAGCAGCAUACAUGCCUCAAGUUAGCCUUUGUUUUGACACAACCAUAAUUUCCUUAAAUGCCUUCCUAGAGCUGGUAGUCAUAGGGCCAGGUUGCUCAACUGUAUGGUGAAUUUUAAAAUAUUUUUUCAUUUUUAUAAGUAAGUUGACAUUAAACUUUUACCAGUUAAACAUUUUGGUAAUUGUCUUGGUUUUUUCUAACUAUGUGAAUAAUGUACUGUAUAUUUUGUGGUCUGAAAUAUACACGCUCCUCCUGUGUGUAUUUUGCCUCUCCACAUUUGCUCGAUUGUUAGAAUGAAAUUUUGUUUCUCUCUGCUGUGUUCACUUUGCUUUGCAAGCAGAAAAAGUAUAUUAGUUCCUCAUAACAUUAAACUCAGUUGUUAACUAAUACACAAUUUAAUUAACUCUCUAGUUCGUGUGCUCUUUCUGGACUAGGACUAAAUUUGCAGUCAUGGGGUUUGAAUAUUUAUUAGUCGAUAUGAUGAUCUCUUUUGCAGUGGUUGGUUAAGCUUGUUUAUGUAACCAGCUUUGAUCAAUGCAAUAUAUUUUAUUGCCCAAAGCAUGUAUUUUACCUCCUAUCAGCAGGCAUUAUUUCUAAGAAUGUCUUAAAAUAGUGGUUAAAUCUGAUUUGAGUGUUCAGUCUUGCUUAACGUGCUUGACAACCAACUUGGGCUUAGACUUUGUAAAUAAGCAAAGGCGUUGUGUUGUAGGCUAUCCUAAUAACACCAGGUAACCAAUUCAUUACAUUAAACUGGCUGGGGAGGUAAUACUAAACUCCCUUCAUUUAAAUGGCAUUGAUUUUGUUCAUGAAAUGAUUUUUUGAGAUGUAGGGUAUCCUGUGUCCAUCAUAGACCUGCAAGUGGGAAUAAAUUAUUAAAGUUGUGAUCUUUUCCAUAUGAGAAAUUAUAUAAAUGCUGCUUUUUUUAGAGUUUGCUUUUCAACAGUGCAUGUUUAGAAAUAUUUGCAAGUGUGUUUUCAAGGAAAAACAUGUCAACAUCUUUAGAAGGGAUUAAAUUCAUUAAAUCUAAUUUUAUAUUACUUAAUUUGUUAGAGUUUGGGGCUGAGGAGGUCUAUUUUGACACUGUGUAAAUUAUUCAUGAGGGGAUGGGAAGAGUAUGCACAGCUCCUGGAAAAUAAAUUCCUUUAAUGUAAAGGAAAACCAAGUUUUUCUAUGUUGAAUGUUUUUUGUGUGAUAGUGGCAACCGUAACAAAUGAGUUGGAAAUAGUAUGAUGACACUUGAACUUUGGGAGACAAGAACUGUUUGGUUAGUACUUGAUACAGCAAGCUCUUCCAGUCAGCUUAUGCAAGGAAGUGUGGCUUUUCUGCUGAAGGGUAAAAAUUAUUAAAAUAGAGGAAAUUUUGUUACAGACUAUUUUUUUAGGCAGAAAAUUGCUUAGCAUUUAAGGUUUCUUGAAUAGCUUUUUAUAUAUAAACAUUUAAACUCAACUUACCCUAAUGCCUUUUAGAAAACAUUUUUUCUACUAGCAGCAUAGGUUGAUUUUCAGCCUGUCUGUAGGUCCAUUGGCAGGAUUGCUUCCUAAGAGUUACUAAAAGAUGUAAAAUUGAUUUUUUUGAAGUUGUUGAGGACAACAAACCAAUUAAAGAUCUUUACUGUCAAUUAGAGUGUUUUGUUUGUGGACCUUUCUAAAAGAACAAGUCAAAAAAAUUGUGUUAAAAAUGACAGCAAAUGGGAUGCCAAGUAGGCCUAAAUUUCCACAACUGUUCACAGCACGUAUAUACAGGGCAGGCAGUGGUUGGUUUGCUUAACCUUCCUCACAGUGUGUGUCCUUUAAUCUUAGUGUAUGAUUGUGACACUUAGAAGGAAUAUCUUUUGAGAAAAUGUAGUAAUUGUAUUUCUGUAGUCACCAGCUUACAUUUGGACUAUAUUAAAAGAACCAGAACUGUGGUAGCACUUUCUGUGAUGCAGGUAUAUCCAAGCAGGAGUUGAAAUGAAAUGAGAUUUCACCUGAUGAUACCUGAGCAGCAGCCUUCAUCCUUCUCCCUUCUGCCCCCACGGCAUUUCUUUUUCCCAGUGAAAGAUGGAACGCAACAGCUAGAUCCAAAAAUGCAUCUCUUCUAUUAAUGUUUUAUUUUGGUUACCCAAAUCCAAAAAUAAAACUUUCCGGUACUGAUUUUGGAUGGACCUCUGUUCAACAGUUGCUGCAGUUUUCACAGCUGUCUGAAAUUGAUCUCCUGUAUGGAAGAGGAUGCAAAGGUGGGGCUGGGGCUGUCUCACUUCUCCAGCUGGCUGGCUUGUCUACUGGGCUGCAGUUGUGCUAUGACUGACCCAAUACACUGGGGCAUUUCAUGCACUGAAACGUGCCAGCAGAACUGGUGAUGAAUCUCUCCAUCUAAGAAUAGCAGCUUUGGUUAUUACCUUUAUGGACACUUGAAUCCUCUCAGAUAAAGCAGAGUUAUCCUACAAUUUAAGGUAAUUUUUACACAAUUCUAAUAGAGAGAAUGAGAAACACACACACAUUCCUUCUAAAGUCUGUGUGUCUGUGCGUGUGUGUUCUUUAAGGACCCAAUCUUCUGUAAGCAAGGCUAGAGGAUCCUGCUGCUCAGAAAACACAGCUUCUGGAUCCUUCAUUAGAAGACAUUUUCUCAUAUAUAAUACAUUAGCUCAUAUAUUCUGUUAUCUCGUUCAGGAGAAAGGAUGAGUUUUAAACUCUCUUGUACUGAAUGCUUCUUUUUGACUAUCACUAAGCAGAAGGGAAUUAUCUGCCCAGUAAUCUUGGCUUUUGUGAAUCCAAGAAAGGGCCUGGUUUUUAUCCGGAGUUCAGGAUUCCACUUGUGAUCACAUACAUGAGUUUUAAAUUGAAACUCACAACCCUUGCCAGCUUGACAGGACUUAAUUCAUCAAUUUGAAGUCUUCAUUCUGUAAAAUUUGGUUGUAUUACCUUUCAAACACUUGCCUCUGGAAAUGGAUCAUGAAAUAUUAGCCAUUCAUAUAAACAAAUCUAAGGAGUUUUACUUCUUUUAAGCACAAUUUUAUACAGCUGUAUAUUAGCUUCUGUUUCACUAGAUCAUCACUACUCUUGAAUUCUUUUACCAUUUCAAAGAGUUUGGGAUUAAUUUAGUUGCAAUAUUAGUAUAAAAAUUUCUCAUAAUGUGAUUGAAACGAUACUCGUACCCUUUAUGGCAGAAGACACAUGUUCUUAAGAACUGCUUACAGCAAAGUUGUUUAAAAAUUACUUAACAUUUUGAUAUGAUAGGCUUUCUCAUCACUUUAUCUUUUUUCUGAUAUCCUUUGUAAUCAGAAACUGCAUAAGUACAUGAUGUUUGUGUGAUGAAUUUUAAUCUAACUUUAUAUGGAAGAGCCCUUCAGAAUAUUUUUUUUCUCCAUUUGUACUGUGCUAAUGACUUUGGAAUUUAAAGGUCACUGUAAAGCACAAUAUGUUGGCUGAAGGAGCCCAUGCAAUUUUAAUAGUGCUUAGCAGGCUGGUGAAAAGAGCAGUCUUUUACAGUAUGCAUGUUCUGUGGGAGUUACUGCUUUAUGAUGUGCAGACAUUGAAGGAAGAAUGCCAGUGGACUGGAAAGUUGUUACAGCUUAAUGAUAUCCUGCAGUUCAAUAAAUGCCAAGGCAAACCAACCGUGCUCAUUUUCAACCUAGGAUAAAUUGAUUUUGUGAUAAUUUCUUACAUGAUUAAAUAAUGUCUUAUGUCAAUAUGAUUAUUUUCUCUUGCUAUUCAUGUAACAGCUUGUCUAUGGAAAUUUUCCUUUUCAGUGCACAUUUCUUUUGCCCUGAGAAGUUUAUGCACCAUGAGCAGGUAUAUAGCAAUGAAAUGUAAUUAAAA